UGACAAAGAGGCUAAACAGACGGGGUGCUCAUAAUAAGUCAGGGCUGUUGGCUACAGUCUUGAUGGCCAUUGUUGGGCUCCUUAGCCAAAAGAGUGUCUCUGCAGAAUCAUGUACUCCUUGUGGAAUGGCCGAGGACAUUCUCAAGCCUUGUAAUGCCACACUAGAAAUUGAACACUGGCCUGGCAAGUUCACAUACCAACCAACUAGAGAACAAGCUGUGUGUGCAUGCAACGAGAACUACUAUGUCCAGAUGACAGCAUGUGUGAAAUGUCAAAGCUCAUCGAGUGCCCAUCUCAGCAUUAAACCUCUUGCAGAGUAUCAAGACGUUUGCAAGAGUUUUGGUGUGUUUGAUUUCCCAAAGGUGCAUAUGCCCACCACUUCAACAAGCAUUGCGUCGACCCAGACGACUACAUCUACAUCUACACCUACGUCUGAUCAGAGUAAUUCAGGAUCGACGGCCCGCAGUGGACUAUCCUCUGGAGCUGUCGCUGGAAUUAUUGUCUCAGCAAUUGCACUGAUCGUAGCACUAUCAGUUGCAGGAUAUGUCUAUACACGAAGGAGGCGUGAGCUUGCUAAGCAGAAGGAAGAUGACGAUCUGUAUAAAUAUCAGGAAAACAGUCGUCAGUCAUACAUGGAAUCACCGUUGCCCCAAUACACGGGUAUCCAAUCCUCGUUACCAAGCCUUCCUCAACUUACAAACCUACGUGUCAUGAAUCCUGACAAUGAUGAAGAUGAGAUUUUAAACAGUGGUACAAGGUUCCCGAACGCUAGCAAUGUAGAUGCCCCACGGACGUCAUCUCCAGGAUGGCGUCGUGGCAGCUUUGAUGAUGACUGAGAAGAUUCCUGAUGUGCUUCCUUUUUGUUUACUAAUUGAUCUGG